AUGCAUUCGACGAUUUCAGACUCUGAAGAAGGCGAUUUUGCCGAAACUGUGCAUUCAUUGAUACAAUUCUCAACCUCAGAUGAAAAGAAGAAAAAGAAAAAACGAAAGCGCGAUGUUGCCAGUGGAGAUACUGAUCAAAGCACUGCUGCUGACUUGGCACCGGAAAGUGAUCCAUCAGUAGCUUCGCCCACAUCUGAAAGUAAGAAAGCCAAGGAGAACGGUCAUGAGCUUGUGGAGAAGACGAACCAUUCCAAAGAAAGGAGACGCGAAAAUAGCGCAAAUGCCCAUGAUGUGGAAGGAGUAGAGCCCAAGAAGAAAAAGAAGAAGAAGGAUGCUAUGGCUUCGAAGGUUACAACGACGGAGCAACAAGGAUAUGUGGUUGGCUCACUUUCCAAUCUUUUUGGAACUUCUUCAGCAUCGACAUCGUCAUUGAACGGUGGAGAGAUCUCCAUUCCCAAAGGAGAGACGGUCAUCAAGCCGAAAAGUCAACCGAUUGUCGAAGAGAAAAGCUCUUUAGUUGAGCAGUCGAAACAUCAUAAACGCAUUGAGGAGAGUAGGACGGACCGAGUCAAGCAACGUGAAAAUCGCAAGAAAGCUCGCGAACAGAGAAUGACUCUUGACGAGAAAAAACGAACUCUUUUUGUUGGGAAUGCUCCACUUUCCAUGGACGAGCGUGCUUGCAAGAAAAUAUUUUCGCAAUAUGGCAGUAUUGAGUCCGUUCGUAUGCGAAGCGUGAUGCCAAAUAAGCAGAGCAUCUCGAAAAGGGUCGCGCAUAUCGCUCAUGAUUUUCAUGAGAAGCAAACCUCUGUGAAUUUCUAUGUGAAGUACAAGGAAGAAGAAUCUGUACAAAAGGCGCUGGCAUACAACGGUACGAUUGUGGAGAGGCAUCGUAUCAGGGUAGACACUUGCAUGUCCAAAGCUGAAUACGAUCGAAAGUUGACUGUAUUUGUUGGAAAUCUCCCGUUAGAUGCAAAUGAAGACGAGCUUGCCGAAUUGUUCGAAGAAAAUGUGGGCGGUGUCAGUUUUGCUCGAUGUGUGAAGGACCAAGCCAUUGGCAUGGGCAAGGGUUUUGCAUUCGUCGUGUUCAAGUCCCCCUCUUCGGUACCUCUAGCAUUAGGUCUGACAGGCCUCCAGUUUCACAAAAGAGAGCUUCGUAUAACGAAAGUGAUGAAGAAGGCUAAGGUUAUGAAGAUUCAAAAGGCUAAAAGGAAAAGCGGCGGUGGUGCGCAGGACGAUCAGAAUCUUACAAAAGGCCAAUUGCUCAAAAUAAACAAGUUCAAGUUCUCAACUCGCAAAUCAAAUGAAGACCAACGUCCUGUGCUCAAGAAAAAGGCUAGAAAAGCUAUUCAGCGGAAGAAGCAAGGCAGGCAGUCGAAAAGUCUGAUGCAGUAAACUUGCGAUAUGACUUCGAUGCUGAUGCGCGCACUCGUAACUUUGUUAAAAAUUAUUGUUAGCUCGUUAUUUGUUGAUUGUUGUAUGUACGAGCAUUUAUUGAGAGUAACCUAUGUAAAUGAAAUACAUUUGAACUGCU